GCCUUCUUUUCUCAGCAAGGUGGCCUGGGUGAGCUUAACACUUGCUUACAAGCUUUGAAAGCAAUGAGUGAUAAAAUAACCAAAGUGGAAAAGGAGUCCAAAAUAAAGCUGCCAAUUGCCGAAUAUGAGCAAAAGAAAAAAGAACUUCAAAAAUGCGCAGCAACCAUUUACAACGAGCUGGUAUCUAGGACUGGCGAUGACCAUUCACCUGAGAAAGGAGAGUUUACACCUGUGUUAGUCAAUGAAGAGAGGGUAUCAUCUCAGAAUCCUGAAGCUGAAAAGGAUUCAGAAGAUGUUUCUUGUAUACAUUUGGAACCAGAAAAGGAGUUUCAAAACGGCAGACACCAGGCAGAAAAGUUGGAAAGUGAUAGAGACUUGGCUUUAAAAAAAUUAAAAGAAAGCUAUGACACAGCAAGACAUAAUCUGAAACUCCACCUAAAGAGCAUCAGGGAGACGAUAACUCCCUCUUUAACUGAUGAUGUGAGAAACAUUUCUUCCCUUCAGAAGAAAUUGCAAACACUGGAAGCUUUAGAUAGUAAAGGUGAUUCUUCCUGGAAACCUUUUGAUUCUGUGGCUUCACAGUUAGUGAAGUUCUCAUGUGAGAUGGACUUGGAGGAUUUGCACAAAGAAUGGGAUGAGCUGCAGUUUGCUUUAGAUAAAAGGAUGGAAUCUUUAAAGGCUGCUUUGGCCCUUGUUACGCCAAUUGAAAAUGAAUGGGUCUUACUCUGCAAAUCAGAAGAACAGCUUUGUAAAAGAGACAUUCCACGUUAUGUGAUGAGUAAAACUGAUCUUCUGUACAAGAAAGUGAAGAAAAUUCAGGCAUCUAUAUCAAAUUGUAUUGAACAAUGCAACAGCCAAGAACAAAAAAGCCCUGUAGGAUGGACAAUUGACCAAAGAGAUCGGCAGGCCAUUGGUUUAAUGAUGAGCGAGUAUAAAAUACGGUUAGAAAAACUGAGUCAAAAGAUACAAGCCAUUGAAACAGUUUUACAAGAUUUUGAAAGUUUUCUGGCUUCCCUGAGAUAUAGUCAAUGUUCUAUGGAUGCUUCUACAUCGCUGAGCUGGUCUCCACAGUCAAUGGAGGAGGUUUCUCACAUGGAGAAAGAGGCCAAAUCUCUAGAUGAGAAAUUUAAGCAGCUUCAUAUCUAUUUGGUAGAGGCUGAAAGCGGUAAAAAGAUGAGCUGUGAAGAGCUGGUAGCAGAUUUACUUGUAAAAGAAUGCCCCUCUAUUGGUUCUGAAGCAACUCAGAAUCAAAAGACUGAAGAAUUUUCCUCGAGGAAUAAUGAGCUACUUAAAAAUCUUCAAGAUAUAUAUGAUUCAAUCAGUGGGAUAGGCUUGAGGGACCCAACAAUUCCUGCUAUUUCACAAAGGUUGAAGUUGCUUGAUGAACUGUGGAAGAAGUUGGAUCGCUGUGCUCCAGAAAUGAAAGCCUUGAAUGAGAUUAGUCAAUUUUCCCAGUUGCCAAAAGCCCAGGAGAAUGAAGUCAGUCAGCAGUGGGGAUUUACCCAGGGCCUAUGGAAGAAGACUAAACUUGCCAUUACUGAAAAGCGUGACUACUGUAAAAGCACAAUGGAUCUCUUGAAGCAAUAUCAAAGCUGCAAAACCUAUUUGACUAGCAUUAUUCUGAAGCAAGAGAAUGCCCUAUCACAGCAAGCCUCUUACAUGGGAAAAGAAAACCUGCAGAAGAUAAUUGCUAAGGUCAACAUGGCAAAGGAGGAAUUUAACAGUUGCUCUGAAGAUGUUGAUAGAUUAAACCAAAUGUGCAAAAAUCUUCAGUCUCAAGUGAACAAAAUGAAGAGUUUUGAGGAGCCCCCAUUUGAGAAUGAGGCUAAUGCUAUAGUGGACCGAUGGCUGGAUAUCAAUGAGCGGACUGAAAGCUAUUGUGAAAACAUGGAAAGAGCUCUGGCUUUAUGGGACAGGCUUCUUAACAUAUCCAGUUUGAUUGAUGAAUGGUCAGAUACAGUUCAGAAGAACUUAGAAGAUGGGAACGUGACUGAAAAGGAAUUGGAAGAAUUGGAGGCUGAUGUCCUAUUCCAAGAAAAAAAGUUAGAGGAAUUUGAUACACAGGUGGAUGAAAUUCAGAAUCUUCUUAACAGCAGUGAACCCCCACUUGAACUACAGGUUAUUAAAUCUUCUCUUUUGAACAAAAUGGAGUUAAUAAGAAAGCAUUUACCAAAUAAGUCAGAACCCACCAAAGUCAAUGGCAGUACAACAGAGCUGAAAGGAGACCUUGAUCUUGCCAAGACUCAAAUUGGAAUGACAGAAUCUCUUCUGGAAGCUUUAUCUCCAUCUGAUCCUUUGGAGAUUUUUACAAAAUUGGAGGAAAUACAUCAGAAGAUUCUUCAUCAAAAACAACACGUCAAAUUGCUUCAGAAAGGGACAGGCUAUCUGAACCCUGAUGUUAUUGAAUUAAAGAAGCUGCUGACAAGUAUCACUGACUUAUUUAAUUCAAAAAAACAAAUAUUUCAGGAUCACUUUACAACUCUCUUGAACUACCAGUGUAAGAAUUUUGAUGAUUGGUUCAGCAAUGUCCAGAUCUCUCUGGAAGAGUGUUUUGGCUCCUUUGAAACAAAAGAGAUGGUGGAAAAGAAAAUUCAUCAACUAAUGAGUUUCCUAAAUUUUGAAGACAAAGGCAGUGAUAUUGAUGAGGUGAAGACUGUUCUGAACCAGGUGAAAAACUAUUUGCCCAAACAAAAUGUCCAUCAGUUGAGUAACUGGGUGAGGGACCAAGAAGUGGAAUUGCAAAGAGUAAUUUCCAAAUGUCAGGCACGAAAAAUUGAGCUUCACUACUUUCUUCAAGAGUUUGCUAGGCUUGAAAAGGACUUUAAGAGUCUGCAGAAGUGGCUAAGAACUCAAGAAGAAAAAUGGCAACAAGUUCAAAAAGAGAAGACAGAACUUGAACAUUUUUAUCAAAAUCUACUCAAAAAAAGGGAGCGGUUUGAUUCUUUUGAUUGCCGGGCAAAUUAUUUGAAAAACUCAGGAUUUUUCAUUGAUGAAGCAGUUCUAGAAUCUGCCCAGUUUGUCAGUAAAUACAAGAGGUUGGUUAAUCAUGUACAGAAAACCCUUGGAGUUUCUGAGAUGUAUUGUGUAGAAAGAAAGCACUUUGAAGAACUUGUCAGGAACAUGUUUUGCUGGGUGGAAAUUCUAAAAAAGCCUGUCUUGGAGAUGAGUUCUGAAGAAUCUGAGAUAUCAGUGGAAGAAAGAUUGCUCAAAAUCCAGGAGAUUGCUUUGUUGAAAGAGGAGGGCAGUGCUAAAUUGCAAACUAUCAUAGCUGUUGGAAAACAUUUGAAAUGCGACGAUAAGAGCAAGAACUUAGCUCUUGAGCAGAUAGUUUCUGAUGUCCAAAAGAAGUGGGACUCCACUGUUCAUCUGGUUAUUGGCUGUCUGAGGGAUCAGGAACAACUCCAGCAUCAAAUGGAACAAGUGAAGCAGACAGAAGAUGCCAUCAAAGUGUUGUUUUAUGAAGUGGAGAAGCAGAAGCAAGGAUUAAAUGUUGAUAUUCAUCCCAAUUCACAGCAAGUGCAAAGUCAGUUAAACAAUUAUUCUGCACUUCUGAAAGAAAUUGAAGGCCUAACACUUCUCUUCAAUGAACUAACAAAGCAACGCAGUUCUUUGGAGACAUGCACUAAUAGCUUCAGUGCAGAAUCAUUGAUGACUUUACAGCAUCUCUACAAAUGUCUUCUUUGCCGAUUACAGCAUGCAACGAAGCUCUUGGAAGGCUGUGUUGAGGGACACCAGCAGUGUGAAGAGUUGACUACACUUUUGAUGACUUCUCUAGAGGAACUGCGGGAGCCUGUGGGUACAGAGCAAAAUCAGGUACAGUAUAAUAUUCUUUGUCAAGUUGAAGACAGACUACAGGAUGUUGUUGCUCUAAUGGACUCCAUCAGUUUGGAACAGACUUCUAUGAAGGAUGAGAUAGAUGCACCCCAAAUUAAGCCGAAGCAUCUUAAAACUAAAUACGGACUUCAGCAUGAGACUGAGGACAUCCACACUGAUAUACUCAAACAGAAAAAAGAGAUGGAUAAUGAAACAACAAACAGAGAGAAACUGGUAAUUUCUAGCAUCCCCUUUGCUCCCCAAGAGGAAAAUUCCUUCAGAGUGAAAAAUCAGCUGGACAGAGAAGCUCCAGAUUUCUUUCCAGAAUGGUUGACACGUAAAGUGCAAUUACCAAGCUCCUUAGCACUUGUAUCUGAGGAGAGAGCAGCUGCAGUUACUGAGCAGGAAUUGAAAGGCAAUUUGAUGGAAGCCCACAAUUUCCAAAGUUCAGCAAGCCAGUGUGCAAAGCAGCAGCAGAAAUCAGAGCAAAUACUGGCGGAUGAUUAUCCCAAUGAAACUCCGCAACAGCAGCAUAGCUAUCAAAAGAAAUUGCAAGCAACAUAUGCCUGGUCAGAAAUGCCUCAAACCAUUUUGCCAUUAAUGAAUGGAAAGGUAAUGGAGGCUGACCCUACUCCUUUGUCCAUUAUACAUCCAUCUCCGGAAAGCAAGGGUUAUCUUGAAGACCAAACAAUUGUUGAGUAUGCAGAGCUGGAACAAAAGAUCAACAAAGUGAAAAUUUGGACUGCAGAGUUAGAUAUUGUAUUAAUGAAAGAUCAACUGAGAGAGAUAGAGGAUUUGUGUCUGCAUCUAGAAAAGAAGAAAGCUCAAGCUUUGUCAGUGUGGCCAGAACACUCAGUGGUGGCAGAAGGAAGUCAGCCAAACCACAAGGACGCCCACAGGGUGACCUCUUCCAGUUGGGACAGACUCCUGCAAGAAUUAAUGGCUGCUAAAGAGGCCAAGCAGAAUCAGUUUAAUUUAGUCAAUCGCUACCAUGAAUGUCUUGCUACUGUUCAGUCUUCAAUGAAACAUUUAUUAGCAGAAAAAGAAAACAUAUAUACGAGUAUUUCCGUAGAUUGCAAAAUAUUUUAUGUCAAAUCAAUGCAGUUACCUGUUUGGAUUUCCCAACAGGGUUAUCUUGAAGACCAAACAAUUGUUGAGUAUGCAGAGCUGGAACAAAAGAUCAACAAAGUGAAAAUUUGGACUGCAGAGUUAGAUAUUGUAUUAAUGAAAGAUCAACUGAGAGAGAUAGAGGAUUUGUGUCUGCAUCUAGAAAAGAAGAAAGCUCAAGCUUUGUCAGUGUGGCCAGAACACUCAGUGGUGGCAGAAGGAAGUCAGCCAAACCACAAGGACGCCCACAGGGUGACCUCUUCCAGUUGGGACAGACUCCUGCAAGAAUUAAUGGCUGCUAAAGAGGCCAAGCAGAAUCAGUUUAAUUUAGUCAAUCGCUACCAUGAAUGUCUUGCUACUGUUCAGUCUUCAAUGAAACAUUUAUUAGCAGAAAAAGAAAACAUAUAUACAAGGGGACCUGUAGAAGACACAGUUCUUCUAGAGAAUUUGAACAAAUUGUUGGCUUCUCUACAAAAAGAAAAUAGUUUUUUAGACAAGCUGAGAUCUGAACAAAAAAAUCUAUCUAGACAACUAUCCACUCUGGACAGAGAAUUAGUACAAAGUCAGGUGGAUCAAGCAGAGCAGUGGUGGAAACAAAUGGGGGACUGUCUUCAAAAGAAACAGUUCUGUGUUGCGGCAGAAGUGGACGAGUUUAAGCUUUUCAUGGACAAAGCACAGGAACUCCAAAUAUGUUUGCAACAGCAACAUGAUUUGCAAACAGGCCUGAGUGCUCCUGGUACAGAAGAGUGUCCCGGCCCUAUCUCGAUUCCUUUAGAACUGCGCAUCCUUAAGCGAAACAUUUCUUUGUUAAAAAGAAAUGCAGAUGUACAGAUGAAAAGAAUGUGGAGCAGUCCAGGAAAAAUAGCCUUAGAGAACACAAUAAAUGAUCUUCAGAGCCAGGUAGAAGAAUUGGAGCAAAUGACCCCUAAAGAGAAUGUCCAGAUAACUGGCGGUCAUCCCCAGACCUAUGAAAUAACAAAAGAGAUAGAAGAUGCCAUUUUGGGGAACAAAAUUUUAAUGCACCAUCUUGAUGAGAGGGCAGCACUCUUUCCAGAUGAUCUCCUCUCACAAAUUAAACGUUGCAAGGCUGUAAUCAGUGAUGCUAAAGAAAAAGAGCCAACUUUUAUAAGGCUAGCAGAUGAAGCCCAGCAUGUUGCUUCUCACAUGCCAUCCAAGGAGGAUUCUGCACUUAGCAUCCUUUCACAUGAGUUGCAAACUGGUUACCAAUUACUUAUUUUGAAAUCAUCUCAAAAGUUACAGCAGCUGGAAUCUCAGCUUGGAAAAAGAGAAAAACUUUUUGCAAAUGUAGAGAAAUUUGAAGCACAACUUCAAAAGAUCAUGGCAGCAUCUAGCUUAGAUAUUGAUAAAACAAAUAUAAAGUCUGAGUUUGACCACAUGCAGAAUCUUUUAGAAGAGACUCCCAAGAAGAUCCAAGAGAUGGAAGCCCUUGUAGAUGCAAACCGCAGAGAUUCAUCUGAAGGACUAAAUGCUUUUGAGCAGCUGUUUUUAAAUGAUUGUUUGAGAAGUCUGAGAAGUAGAGCACAAAGGGUCCAUAGGGUAAUUCAAAUUAAGGGUCGCUUAGUACAACACACAAUGGGUGCCUAUAAAAAAUUCUCAGAAGAGAUACAGGCCUUACAUCAGGAUCUUAGCAAUCUUCAUUUUGAUGAGCUGGAACUAAAUCCAGAAGAGUCACUCUCUAAGAAUCAAAUAAUAAAAGAUAAACUGAAUAUGUUUAAAGAGAGAACUUCAGCCAUCCAGUCACAUUUAUCAAACCUGGACCAAUACCAGGAGAUCUGGAAAUGGCUGGAUCCGAAGUGGGAUACAUCACCACUUGAUGAACUGAAAGAUCAGUUCUGCAAAGCAAAGGAUAACCUUGACAAGAGAGGUCAAUGUCUGAAGAAUUUUUUUGCAGAAUAUGAUAGGCAUCAAAUAGUCCUAAGUGAGAUUGAGGCUAUAGUAUCUAGCAUUCAGAAAGACUGUGGUGACUUGGAAGAUCUUACCAGUUCUACUCCUGAAGCCAAUCUGAUAUCAGGAAAAAAAUUGAUAUGGAGAGUUGAACAUGCCAAAUAUAUAACUCAAGAAGCAUUCAAGCUCUUCAAGAAAAAUAAGUCAUUUAGUGCCUCUCUCAAAAAGUCCAGCAUGAAGCAGAUAAAGACCUUAGAGACAAAAAUAGAUGGGCUGGAACAAAUGAUCUCUUCUAUCAUAGUAGCUAAUCAAGAAAUAUGCAAGCACAAACAAAGUUUCCAGAAGAAGAUGGGCCUCAGUUUAAGGACUUUAAAGCAAAUUCAGUCUGAGCUCCAGCAGCCUGUCCUACUUGACUUGAAAAUUCAAAUGAUUCCCUAUGAAAUGAUGUAUUGCAAAGUCCUUAAAGGUGCUAUAGAGGCAGAAAUUCAUGUUGCAGAAGAUAUAAUAACUAAAGAGAAAUCAUCUACAAAACAAACAUUUCUUCAUUCUGAGAGUUUAGAUAAAGAAAUAGAGGAAUUCCAAAAUCUGAAAAUACAACUGAAAACAGACUUUGCUAAACACACAGAAGCUUUAGAUGAAGCUUUUAAAAUGGUGAAGCUUUACAAUAAAGCUGUCGAAAAAUCUGCAGAUCUCCUCAGUCAGUGUGAAGCAUUUCUUUCUACUCCACUCCUUGAUUUACUUAAACUAGAAGAAUCUCAUCUUGACUUUGCCAAGAAACAAGAAGAAUCCGAGUCUGCAAAGGCUGAAGUAGAAGCAUUAACCGGUACUCUGAAAAAGUCAAUUAAAUCAAAAGCCAAACUGCAGGUGGAGAAAGUACUUGAUGAUCUAACUGCUAGGAAUUUCACAAUAAAAGAACAGACCCAAAAGAGAAAAUCUUACAUACAGAGGUAUAUGGAAAAAUAUCACAGUUUCAAAAACUCCAAAGAGAGGAUAUGUGUUGAGCUUAACAAUGCAGAAAAAGUGCUUUGGAAGUGUUUAUACUACAUUCCAGUAUCUUACAAAGAAUCUUUAGAGCAUUCAGAACAAAACAAGAUGCUGUUGUCCCAAUUACUAUCAACCAAAGAGGAGCUAAUGAAGUUAAGGCGAGAUUCACAGUCUCUAAGCUUGAUGUGCAAAGAAAAUGAUGGCGUGUUGAUUGUACCCAUUGUAUCAAUGUUGUGGCUGAAGUGGCUCUGUUUGUUCAAUAUCGCAAAAGAACGGGAAGGCAAAUGUGAAGAACAGAACCAAGAAUGGAAAUCUGUCAGUGAAGAAUUGGAACGAGAAACAAUCAUUCUAGACAGUCUUCAAGAAGAGCUGCCUGAGAGCCUCCAAGACAAACAGCAAGCAACCAAAGAAGAACUGGAAGAAUUUCUGGAAUCCACAAACAAUUAUAUAGAAAAUGUGGAUACUGAGAAAUUGUUGCUACGCUUAAUACUCUGCCGAUUAAGGGACAUUCUGAGUGUCCCUGGGAGUUUGUCUGGAAAGGAAAGCCUUCCUAUUGUCUGCGAAAUUCAAAACAUGCAGCAACGAACAGAAGAGCUCUGUCAAAAAGCUGAAACAGAAAAAGAGGCUGUGCAGUCUGAGAUGAUAUACCGGACCAAAAGCAGUGAAGAAUUGAAAGCUAUGAAGACUUCAUUUCAGGACAUCAUAUCCCAACUCCGUGACAUAGAUUUGGAAACCCCCAAUGAAAAGGCAUUGAAACUUGAGGGGAUUCAGAGAGUAGUUGACAGCAAGAAGCAAAUCGUAGACAACUUACAAAUCAAGUUCACUGAAAUAUAUAGAAUAGUUCCAGUUGGUAUUGAAGAGCAUUUGGAAGACUGCAAGAGAAUGUUACAUGACCUGGAAGAAAAGGUCAGCACAGAAUUCCUGAAAAAUUCCCCUCACUACAGGACAGAGAAAAAAAUAGAAGACAUUAACAAAGGUUUGCAAGCUGUUGAAAGCAUGUUACAUCAAAAGAGCGAGAACAUUGAAAAAGCAAAAGAAGUUCAGAAGAGAACCUGGGAUUUGCUAGAUCUUUGGCAUUAUAAAAUGAAUGAACUGGAUUCAGAGGUUCAAGAUAUAGUGGAGCAAGAUCCCCACCAGGCUCAAGAAUUGAUGGAUCGAUGGAUGAUACCUGUGCAACAAUACCAACAUGUUUCGCAGCAUGCUGAGCGUAGAACUUCAGACUUGAACAGGGCUGCUAGCAAGUUGGAAGAAUGCGAUGAGCUCUUGAAAAGCAUUCAGGUUUGGCUUGAAAAUACCAGCCGCCUAUUAACAGAGGAAGUGAAAAGUGACUCUGCAAAAACUUUGAAUAAACAUACCAGUGCGCUUGAGAUGGCAUUGGAAGAUUCAGAACAAAAGCAAAGUAUUCUUAGUGCAAUUUCCCCAGAACUGAAAGAAUUGUCCCCUUUAAUUGAAACUGACAGUACGGUGCAGGAAUUGACAGAAGUAAAUGAGCAAGUUAAAGCCUUACAGCAAAAGAUAAUGGAAAUUCUUCCAUGUAUCCAGCACUUGGCUGAUGAUGUUGAAGCUAUUGAAUCUGAAGUGAAAACAAUGGAGAAGGAUAUAGAAAAAAUAAAGACUAUAUUGUUCCCCUCUGAAGACACACUUGAUUUUUCUCCUAAGGAGCAUCUUAAACAUUGCAAGGUUAUAUUGGCCCACAUCUGCCCCAUGAAGAAGGCUUUGGCUGAAAUGCAAUCCUAUAAAGCAAAAUUGAGAUUGACUGACAUGAGAAUGCAACCUCUUUCAGUAUUCCAAAGAACUAAACAGCUUUUGAAAGAGCUGAAGGUUCUAGAAAGACUCACAGAGAAACAGAACACUCUACUUGAGCCAAUUGUAAAAGAGAUGGAAGAAUUCGAGCAACAAAUUGAAUUCCUAAAGCAAAGCCAAUUCCCAAAGAGUACUUUAGAUGAAUUGUCCACGGAAAAUCUGUGGCCUGUUCAAGACUCCACUUUCCUCAAGGAUGAGGAGGUGGAAAGAGUAAAGCAACAGAUUGCCCUAUUAUGCCAACAGAAAGAGGAUAUUCUAACAGCUAUGAAGAAUGCCUUGGUGGAACUUCAUCAGAAUCAAGAACCACCAGAAGCUGAGGACAGUGACGUAGAAUCACCAGAGGAAAAUGGAAGUGCUGUUGAGUUGCAGUCCAAAAAGCGAGGCUCCCUGGCUUUUCUACCUUCCUUGAUUGAGGAAGCAGAAGACAGUUCAUUCCACAAUGAGGAGAUGGAUACAAAGGACAUGUCCAGUGGAGAUCCUCCCACCAAGGGCAAACCUUCCAGCCAACUCACCAACCCUCCCGAGUGCUUAUGGAGAUCACUGAGCAACACAAAGGCAACCGAGGACACGGUUAAGUCUGACUCCGAGCCGGCUCAGGUCCUCCAUGUGUGCCAGGCUCAGAUUGCUGAGUUGGAGCUGUGGCUCGAUCAAGUGAAAGAGUCUCUAGGAUCAGAAGCCCAGAUCUGUCAAAUGCAGCAGUCGGUGGAGCAGCAUCUAGCUGCAUGCCAGGUGAUGUUAACAGAAAUUGAACAGAAAGUCGUGUGGCUAUUGGAGGAGUGCAAAAGCACGUCCACUACCAAUAGCUCAGGCCUCGAACAAGAAACAGAGAACCUUUCCUUGAACCUUAAAAACGUGAAGUGCAAGUUGGAAAAAGUCCAGCGCAUGCUCCAAGGGAAAUACACAGAAGAGCAGGUGAGCACUAAUGAAGAGGCCUCAGUCAACUUCCCACAGCCAUUUCAUUUGGAUUCCUCUAGUUCAUUUCCACAUGGGAUCUCAGAGAGACCAAAUGGUUUUCAGCAUAAACAGGAAUUGCUGCUAAAACUGUCUGAGCAAGACAAUCUCAUUGACUUCCUAGAAGUGUACAUGGAGAAAAUUCAGCCUCAACCUAAACCCAACACAGUUCUGGAAUUGCAAACAAGCAAUGAGACAGUCAGCUCAGGAAACGAGCCUCUUGGUUUGACUCCAAAGGACCAAACGGGUGAUAAGUGGCAAUAUUUACAAGAAGAACUGCUGCUCAAGAAGAAUGCUCCUCAUUGUCAAUUGGAUGAACUUCAAAUCUCUACCAAAAUAAAUAUUCUGUCCCUUGGUGCUACAUCAAGUGUGAGAACUCCGACCGUUGAGGAGCUAAAAACAUACACAGCACAGCUUGACAAUCUAAGCCAGGAAGCUUCUACUCAGGAAAAUGAAACAGGAGAAAAUGCAUUAAGUUUGGAUGGGAAACUCUUAGAGUUGUUUCUGGCAAUCAGCCACUGCCUGAACAACAUGGAGCAGAUGUUGGGCACCUGUGUACUCUCCAGUGAAGAAGCUCCUGUACAGCAAGUGCUUUAUGAGACUCUCUCUGCAGAACUACAGAAACUUCACACAGAUAUUGGAGAUAAGAAAGAUGAUCUUCUGAAGGCCAUCACCUCUGCCGGUGGGAAUUCUGAGAGAUUCUCCCAGUGUUUUAGCAACUUGCAGGCAUGGCUCCAAUUGACACAAACAGCUGCUGCCUCUAGAAGCGAGUCUAUGAAAACAGAAAUGGACCAUUACAUCAAUUAUCAGAAUGAAAUCAGGCACUUGUAUGAUGCAUUGAUUGAGAAAAAAUCCUCAUUGCAACAGUUUUUCAGUGAAAUGAGUGGGCAUAAUAUUUCUAAGCAAUUCCAGCAGAUGGAUAUCUUUGAAUUGGAAUUGCAAAAUUUCGAGACACAGGCAGCUAAACUAAGAGAUCGUGGAGAAAGAGUUCAUUUGCCAGUUGCUGUAACCCACGAUGUGAAUAAACUAGAGGAGGUGUUGGAUGACCUCUGGGAGUUCCUAAGAGUCAAACAGAAGGAACUAAGUUCUUCAUUGAUUAAGGAACAUCAGUGUGAAACUUUGUUACAAGGUUUUGCAGAGCUCAUAGAUCUUGGGGAAAAGAAACUUGUUUCAAAGCUGAAAAUUACCAGUCGGUCUGAUUUAGAAUUACAUUUGGAAAACCAUAAGAGCUUUUUCUGUAAACUGAACGGCCAUAUGCUUCUUGUACAAAAAGUGGCAGCUUCAAUAUUACAAAACAGGGAGAAAUACUGGAAGGAUAUGGUAGAGAAGAUCAAAUCAUUGGAAGAACAGGCUAUUCAACAAGGAACCCAUUGGGAAAAGGUUUUACAGGACUGGAUAGCAUUUGAUGAGAACUACGUUUCAUUCUGCCAAAAGCUGGAGGCUCUUUCACCCACAGUGCCUUUUGUGGCUUUAGUGGAAGAGACAGAAGAAAGAGUAAUGGAAAGGACUCAGCUCCUCCAGGAAAUCCAAAAGAACAUUGAAGGGGAACAGGCUAGAUAUUAUCUAAUAGUGAAAGAAGGAAAGAAUUUGACAGAACUUCUGAGCUGCCCAGAAUUGCAAUCCAAGAUUGAGAAGCUAGAACACCAGUGGGCAUCUUUUUCCCAAAGAGUUGACCAUGAACUACAAAGGCUUGAGACAUUGCACAAACUCUUGUCCAGUUACAACAAAGACUCAAAGGAGCUCAAUGUCUGGUUGAAAUCUGCUCAGCAAAAUGUGAACUAUUGGAAGGAGCAGUCUCUCAAUGCAUCUCAGGACCAGAAUACUGUCAGGAACCAUAUUCAGAGUUUGCUUGAAUUCUCUAAAGAAGUUGAUGAUAAAUCUUCUUUGAAAUCUUCUGUCAUAAGUACUGGAAAUCAGCUGUUGCUUAUUAAGGAAUCUGAUGAUGCAAAGUUCCGCUCAGCUUUGGCAGACUAUGAGCAGAGAUGGAACGACCUGGUUGUUCAAUUACCAGGCAUCCAAGAGAAGUUUCACCAGCUCCAGAUGGCAAAAUUGUCAUCUUAUGAAGCCAUCACAGAACUGAAUGCCUGGAUGAAUUGCAUAGAUCAGCAAAGAAGAGAUGAGGUUGCAAUUAAUUUGCAAAGUUCUGCCAGCUUGAAAGACCUUCUUAGGAGGUACAAGGAUUAUGUGAUGGAAAUGAACUUUAAACAAUGGAUAGUUGAUUAUGUGAACCAGUCACUACUACAGUUGACACCUUGCGAUGUUGAAAGCAAGCGUUACGAGAGGACGUCAUUUGCAGAAUGUCUCGGGGAAUUGAAUAUGAAUUGGCACCAUUUGCAAGGGACUCUGAAUGAAAAGGUGAUAGAAAAUCAGCUUGCUGUGAAGUCUAAGGAAGUGGAUCUACUUAAAAACAACCUCACAGCUUUAAAGGAUUGUGCUGAUGCUGCCAAGAAAGUAGGGUUCACAACCACCGAUUUGGCUGAAAUGAGAACUAGCAUUAUCAAUCAGGUUGCCCAGCUGAAGUCUUCUACAGAGUCUGCUUUAGAGUGCUGGAAGAGUUAUGAUGAAGCCUGGGAUGAUAUCAGGCUGUUGCUUGCAAAUACUGUGUAUUGCCUGGAGCAUAGCAAGAACCCUUUCAUUACAAUGAAGUCACUGAAAAAGCAAGUGGAAGAUCUCCAGUCUCUUCAAGAUAAAACUGAGGGAAACAAAGAAAUCUGGGCUAGACUCCAGACUGCUGUUGAUAACCUGAAGAAAGUGUGUGAUCCCUCAUUCUCAGAGAUUAUUGAACAAAAACACGAAGAGGCACGCACAAGGUGGAUAUUGACAAACAAAAAUAUUGAAGAGAAGCUACAGAAAGCUCAUGCGCAUUUGCACUUGUGGGAAUUCUAUACAGAGGUUUCAGCCAAACUAAACAAAUAUGAAGAACAGUAUGAUUCCCAGUUGAUGCCUGAUACACUUUCAAGCUGCACAAUGGAUUUUCUUAAGGAGAAGGCAGAGAAUAUAAAAAAACUGCAACUUGGCCUUCAAGACAUCAAAGAAUAUUAUCUUCAAGCUUCUGAAUCAGGGGAUAGUAUAACUCAGUUGGCUGAACCAGAAACACAGAGCCUUCUUCAACAGAAAGCCCAGCCACUUCAAAGGAUCUCCUCUCUGGAAAAGAUGCUACAGAUGAAAGCAGAUGUUUAUCAAUAUGGUCUUUUACAACUGGAGAAUUUUGGGAAUUCCUUGGAAAAACUGGAAAAUCAUGUUAAAGAUUCCACAGAAAUACUGGACAAUUUAUGUGAAAACAAUACAAAUUUGGAGUUCUUCAUGAGCCAGUUACUGAGUCUCACAUCUUUGUCUCCUGAAAUGGAGAGAUUGAAUGAAGUCAGCUUUAAAUUGCCACUCUGUGACUUCACUGUAAAGAGAUUACAAAACCUUAAUCGGCAGUGGACUCAGAAAACCGCUCUAGUUCUGGAGCAAUGCAGUAAACUGCAGAAGCAUCAAUCUGAUGACAAGAAAUUUCUUCAGAAAUGUCAGAAUUGGGUGCAGUUUCUAGAGAAAAUGAAAGAGAGCCUGAAAGAGAACUUGGCGGAUACACUUGAGAAGCUGCAAGAACAGCAGAAAGAAUAUGAGAUAUUACAAACAGAGAUUUCCAUUAAUCAGCAAAUUUUCAGUUGUCUUGGGUCAAAAGCUCUGAAUAUGUUGGAAUUGGGAGAAGCAGAAAACAGAACUGAGUUUAUCUCCAGGCUCACUCUGCUGAAGGAUCAGUGGCAGAGUGCAGUGCGGAUGGCUCAUCGGAAGAAGAGUGACAUUGACAGCCUUGUAAAGCAGUGGCAAAAAUUCACAACCUUACUGCAAGAUCUCACAAAAUUCCUCAUGGACACGAACAGCUACAUAGCUGCCGUGAAGAGCCAGGAGAAGUAUCCCUUGGAUCAAAUUAGGAACCUGAAUCACAAGUUGAAGAAUAAGGAAAUACUUCAAAAGAGGUGGCAAACCAGAUAUUCUUUAAUCUUGGAUAUUGGGGAAAAUUUACUUGGCAUGGUUGCCCCUGAAGCAAAGGCUGCCAUGCAGCUGGAGAUGAAUAAGUUGCGAACUAAUUGGGACAACACACAACUUCAGCUGGAGAAGAUUACCAAGCAGUUUCAGGGCACCAUACAGACGUGGGAGAACUGUGAAAGGCAAGUGAAGGACUUGGGCCAUGUUUUACUAGAGCUCAAAGGAAGCAUAAACAAACCUCUUCCUAUAGAACAUGAUGCAUUGCCAGCAACCUUGGAACAAAUAAAGGUACUGGAGAAAUCACUCACCAACUGGAGCCAAAAUGCAAAAGAACUUGAUGCACAAAAGGUGAAACUGGCUCAAUUUAUCCUCCCAGAAGAUGUGAUGCUAUUGAGAGACCAAAUUGAACGUUUGCACAGCCAGUGGGAAGAACUCUGCCUCGGAGUUUCUCUGCACAAGCAAGAUAUUGAGGAAGGACUCAAUGCCUGGAUUGUGUUCAAUGAAAAAAAUAAGGAACUAUGUACUUGGCUGAUGCAGAUGGAAGAAAAAGUCCCUCAGUCAGCAGAUAUCAGUGUUGAAGACAUGAUAGAGAAGCUGCAAAAGGAUUACAUGGAGGAAAUCAAUUUGUUUAAUGAAAGUCAAUUAGUUCACUUCAAGCAAAUGGGCAAUCAACUGAUCAAGUCUAGCAACCAAAGUAGAGGGGCUGAAAUUGAAGAGAAACUCAACAAAAUUAAUGACCGCUGGCAACACCUCCUUGAUAUCAUCGGAGGAAGAGUGAAGAAGUUGAAAGAUACCUUUGCUUUCAUACAACAGCUGGACAAAAACAUGAGUCAUCUUCAUACAUGGCUGGCACGCAUUGAAUUUGAGCUUUCUAAACCUAUUGUUUAUGACAUCUGUGAUGAUCAAGAAAUACAGAGGAGACUCGCAGAGCAGCAGGACCUGCAACGGGAUAUUGAACAGCACACAGCAGGUGUGGAAUCUGUCUUCAAUAUAUGUGAGAUCUUACUGCAUGAUUCUGAUGCCUGUGCCAAUGAGACCGAAUGUGAUUCAAUCCAGCAGACAACAAGGAGCUUAGAACGGCGGUGGAGAAACAUCUGUGCCAUGUCUAUAGAGAGGCGGAUGAAGAUUGAGGCAACGUGGCGACUAUGGCAAAAGUUUUUGGAAGAUUACUCUCGUUUUGAAGUUUGGCUGAAAACAGCAGAGAAAACUGCAGCUUAUCCUAACUCUUCAGAGAUUUUGUAUGUAACGGCCAAGGAAGAGUUGAAAAAAUUUGAAGCAUUUCAGCGGCAAAUUCAUGAGAGAUUAACCCAGCUAGAAUUAAUCAAUAAGCAAUAUCGGCGGUUGGCCCGUGAGAAUCGCACUGAUUCAGCUAACAAGCUCAAGCAGAUGGUUUAUGAGGGUAAUCACCGAUGGGACAAUCUUCAGAAACGUGUCACAGCAAUUCUCAGGAGACUUAAGCACUUUACCAGUCAAUGGGAGGAAUUUAUGGGAACAAAGGACAACAUCAUCCUGGUGUGGUUAACAGAAAUGGAUCUUCAGCUGACAAAUGUGGAACAUUUCUCAAAGAGUGAUUUCGAUGACAAAAUGCGGCAGCUUAAUGGUUUCCAGAGGGAAAUAAUGCUAAAUACCAGUAAGAUUGAACAGUUGAUUGCUUCUGGAUUACAUCUGAUUAAAAAAAGUGAACCAGAGGAUGCCAUUAUACUCGAAGAGGAACUAGAAGAAUUUUGUAAUUAUUGCCAGGAAGUGUUUGGCCGAGUAGCCCGAUUCCAUCAAAGACUGACAUCCUGGCAUCCAGGACUGGAAGAUGAAAAAGAGUCUUCGGAGAAUGAAGCUGAUUCAGACCAUGCAAGAGGGAUGCAAACUGAUCCUUGGCCAAAGAAGACAGUUCAGGAGGGGCCACCAUCACAGCAGUCUCUCUGUCACCUCAUACCUACUUCAGGUGGUCCCGAGAGGUCAGGCUGUGAGACGCCUGUCAGCGUUGAUUCCAUUCCACUGGAGUGGGACCACACCGGAGAUGUGGGAGGCUCUUCCUCCCCUGAGGAUGAGGAAGAAGAUUCAUUCUUCAGUGCACUCUCAGAUGUAGAAAUCACUGAACAUCCUGAGGCAUAUCUUAAAAUGACCACAAAAGCUUUGAAAGCAGCUUCUGGGAAAUCUUUUGAAACUCACUUAUGGCAUCCCUCAGAGCACCCAGUUUGCCGAAAGCAUUCAUACAACCAGGAAGAGAUGGUUAGAAGUGUCUUAUCAAGCAACGAAGAUUCCAGCACAUCCUACAAAGCAGGCAAUGUGAAACCAUUGAACACUAGGAGUAUGGAUGACAUAAAAGACAUUUCCAGGACCUUGCCUACUAAAGAUUCUCAAGAUAGCCAGGACUUCAUUAGUGUUUCAGCCAUAGAGAAACAGCCAG